CAUAUAUCAUUACACAAAACUAGUAUUUACUUUUUUCUACCUUUGUUUGCCAUGUCAUAUACUAGUCAAUAUAUACAACAGUAAAAUUGAAAACAGUGUUUAUUUGCUUGAACUGAAUCUUGUGUUUGCUUGGUUGCUACUGAAUCUUAUUAGUGUUGAUUUAAGUCUUUUUUUUAAUACAGGCUUUUAAUAGUUGUUUUUUCGCUGCUGUUGCUGCUGCCACGUCUCUUGGUUUGCUUCUGCUCUGGUACUGCCGUUGCUGCUAGGGUUUUCGAUGGAUGUCUCCAAGGAUUGGAUGGAUACGCCCCGCCAUUUGAAAGAAUAUCAACUUGGUGUAGAAAGCUUUUUACAUUUUGCUUUUUCAUCAGCGGAAAUUCCUCAAGGGGAAGAAAUUCAAUGCCCAUGUAAAAAGUGUUGUAAUAGACUUUGGUUAAAGAGAGAUGACGUGUAUAACCAUUUAAUAUGCCACGGAUUUGUAGAAGGUUAUAGGCGGUGGUUUAAUCAUGGAGAAUCACUUGUUGCUAUGGAUGUUAACAGUGACACAGACGGUGAAUAUAAUUUUAAUGAUAACAUUGAUGAGCUGAUACGUGAUAGAUUCAGAGAUACUACGCACUUUGAUGGACAAAAUACAGGGCCUAACGAAUGUGCAAAGGAAUUUUAUAAAUUGGUGGACGAGGCAAGCCAAGAACUAUACCCCGGGUGUAAAGGAUUCACAAGAUUAUCUUUUACUAUCCGUCUUUACCUGUUAAAAUGCUUGCAUGGUUGGAGUAACGCGUCGUUCACUUCUCUCUUGGAAUUAUUAAAAGAAGGAAUGCCAUAUUUGAAUAUCCCUACUUCUUUUGAUAAAACCAAGAAUAUGAUAAAGAAUUUGGGUCUUGACUACCAAAAGAUCGAUGCAUGUCCUAAUGACUGCAUGUUGUAUCGAAAGGGGCAUGAGAAUGACGUAUCAUGCCAUGUCUGUGGAAGAGGAUGAUGUAACCUCAUCAAGAAAGUCUCGUAAAGUUGCUGCAAAAACUCUAAGGCAUUUCCCUUUGAUUCCCAGACUUCAAAGACUUUUCAUGUGCACAAGGACGGUUGAAGCUAUGUCUUGGCAUCAUAAUGAGCGUGUUAAAGAUGGCUCAUUAAGGCAUCCUACUGAUGGUGAAUCAUGGAAAGCAUUUGACAGUCGAUAUGAAGAUUUUGCGAAGGAUCCUCGUAAUGUGAGACUAGGCUUAGCAAGCGACGGGUUCAAUCCGUUUCGAACUUUGAGCAGUACACAUAGUACAUGGCCUGUUGUUUUGAUGGUGUACAAUCUACCCCCUUGGAUGAGCAUGAAGCCUGAUUAUUUUAUGCUCUCUUUACUCAUUCCUGGACCACAAUCACCAGGAAAUGACAUUGAUGUCUUUCUUCAACCGCUUAUUGAAGAAUUAAAAGAAUUGUGGGAGUCAGGUGUAGAAACAUAUGACUCUUCAAAAAACAAAACAUUCAACAUGAGAGCAUGUCUUUUAUGGACAAUUAAUGACUUCCCUGCGUACGCUAUGUUAUCUGGCUGGAGUACAAAGGGAAAACUGGCUUGUCCGUGUUGUAAUGAUGAGACUUCUUCUAUCUAUUUGAAACAUAGUCACAAGACUGUUUAUAUGGAUCAUCGAAGAUUUUUACCCAUGAAUCACCCGUGGAGGCAUAAUAAAAGAUCUUUCAAUGGAAAAACUGAACUUAGGAUGCCUCAAGUAGUAGACCAAGAAAUACUCCCCACUCCUCUGAAGCAACUCACAUUCCACCAACCGAUGAUGUAAGUAACUGUCCUAGCCUUGUAUUAUUGUCAUUCUCUUGAUUUAGAUUAUAGAAUUUCAUUUUUCAUGUUGAAUUUAUGUUGUUGGCUGAAUUGAGAAUUGAGAAUUGUUGAUUAUUGUUGAUUGAGAAUUUAUGUUGUUGGCUGAAUUGAGAAUUGAGAAUUGAGAAUUGUUGACUAU